AUGCCUGCCGCUCCACUCAAUUCAUCAUCAACCUCACCCGUCACACUCCUCUCCAAACGUACCGUCGUCCCCGACCAGCCCUCCACCAUCCCCGACCUCAAGCUCUCCGCCUCCGACCUCCCCAUGCUCUCCUGCCACUACAUCCAAAAGGGCGCCCUCUUCUCCCGUCCCUCUCCCUCCUCCUCCGCCUCCCUCCUCCUCCUCCUCCAAUCCUCCCUCGCCCACACCCUCUCCCUCUUCCCUCCCCUCGCCGGCCGCCUCUCCACCGACCCCAAAACCGGCCACGUCUACAUCACCUGCAACGACGCCGGCGCCGAUUUCAUCCACGCCUCCGCCCCCCGCAUCUCCGCCACCCACAUCCUCGGGUCGGGUCGGACGCCCGACUUCGUCAACGGGUUCUUCUCCCACGACCGCACCGUCAGCUACCACGGCCACACCCUCCCCCUCCUCGCCGUACAGGUCACCGAGCUCGCCGACGGCGCCGUCUUCAUCGGCUGCUCCGUCAAUCACGCCGUCUGCGACGGUACUUCCUUCUGGAAUUUCUACAACGCAUUCGCCCGGGUCGCCCGCGGAGUGAAGCGGAUCCCCUGCUUACCCGACUUCACCCGCCACGGCGACAAUCCUCUCAUGUCCUCCGCCGUCCUCAAACUCCCUCGCGGCGGGCCGCGUGUCACCUUCGACGAAACUGCGCCGUUUAGCGAGCGGAUUUUUAAAUUCAGUCGUGAAGCGGUUCUUAAGCUGAAAGCGGUUGUCAACGAGAAGAAGGACAACGCCGGGUGGGUUGGGGUCGGGGUCGGGUACGGGUUCGACCCGGUGGAGAUGAUGGGGAAGCAGAGCAACGACCCGUUCUAUUAUUCAAAUUCGAACCAGCAGAAGAAGCUGCUGUCGAACGGCGUCGUAUUGGAGGAGAAGGAGAUUUCUUCGUUUCAGUCCUUGUGCGCGCUGGUGUGGCGCGCGGUGACACGUGCGAGGAAUUUGAGUCCGACCAAAACGACGACGUUUCGGAUGGCGGUGAACUGCCGCCACAGGGUGGAGCCCAAGAUGGACCCGAUGUACUUCGGGAACGCGAUCCAGAGCAUCCCGAGCCACGCGACGGCGGGGGACGUGGCGUCGCGGGGGCUGCGGUGGCUGGCGGAGCGGCUGAACGAGAGCGUGAACGCGUACGACGACGCGAAGGUGAGGAGCGUGGUGAAGGAUUGGGAGGCGAGCCCGCGGUGCUUCCCGCUGGGGAACCUGGACGGGGCGUCGAUGACGAUGGGGAGCUCGCCGCGGUUCCCGAUGUACGACAAUGAUUUCGGGUGGGGCCGGCCGCUGGCGGUGAGGAGCGGGAAGGCGAACAAGUUCGACGGCAAGAUGUCGGCUUUUCCCGGGAGGGAAGGCGGCGGGACCGUGGAUCUGGAGAUCGUUUUGGCGCCGGAGACGAUGGCCGCGAUUGAAGCGGACCGCGAGUUCAUGCAAUAUGUUUCGAGAUGA